AUGUCACUCUCCUCGCGGAUGUAUACGCGCUCACCGAAUUUCUGCUUUCUGAUUUGCCACCUGACGACACCAGCGACCUACCUCGCCCACAUCGUGGUCCUUCGGCCGAAUCAUCACGUCGUCGACAAGCAAACCGGUAACAGAAAUGUUUCAUACGCCUAUUACGCCACGCAAGAAGAAGCGAACACGUGGCGGCGUUACGAGAUCGGAGUG